CCGGCGCGCGCGCCCUAGCCCAGCCCCGAUCAUCUUCUUCGGCAUUCGCGGGAAGAGGUUUCGUUGUUCCGCUCCACGAUAACUUUAAAAAUCGAUCUGUUUUCAAUACUCCAUAUCCUCUUAGCCUCCCUCCGGUUUUUAUCUUGAAAAUUUUGAACCAAUGGAAUCGGACGAAGAAGACUUUGUUUUCUAUGGAACCCCAAUUGAGCGGGAGGAAGAAAUCAACAGCCGUAAGAAGAAAUCCGUGGCAGACGCUUCUGGUACCAUGCGAAGCCUCGCUCCCUGGAAACAAGAGGUUAGAGACGAGGAAGGGCGUAGAAGAUUUCAUGGAGCAUUCACUGGUGGAUUUUCUGCUGGUCAUUAUAAUACAGUGGGCUCAAAAGAAGGUUGGACUCCACAGUCAUUCACAUCGUCCCGAAAGAAUCGAGCUGAAGUCAAGCAGCAAAACAUAUUAAACUUCUUGGACGAAGAUGAAAAAGCCGAAUUUGAAGGUCGAGCCUUGGGGACAUCUUUCCAGUUCGAUACAUUUGGAUUCACAGCAGAAGAGCAUGCUCGUAAACAAGCUGAAAAGGAGCAACAGCAAAGGCCGUCUGCUAUUCCUGGGCCUGUUCCUGAUGAAUUAGUUGUUCCAGCUGCAGAAUCCAUAGGUGUGAAGUUACUAUUGAAGAUGGGAUGGCGCCAUGGACGUGCAAUAAAGGAUUCACGAGCUAAUUCCCUCUACGAUGCUCGAAGAGAUGCUCGAAAAGCAUUUCUAGCAUUUUCAGCAGGUGAUGAGAAAUCAGAAAUCUCCAAUUCUGAACUAUUUGAGGAGGAUGAUGAUACUGUCUUCCCUCAACCUGCCAAUGGUGAUAUUCCGUCUUCUCAAAACACACCAGUUUAUGUGAUUAACCCAAAACAGGAUUUGCAUGGGUUAGGUUUUGAUCCUUACAAGCAUGCACCAGAGUUUAGGGAAAAGAAAAGAGCACGUACAGCUGGGAAUCAGGAAGGUUACAGAAAAGUGUUCUCCACGAAAAAUAAUCUUUUUGGCUUUAGGACUGAGAGGGUUGCUUCUGGCUUUGGCAUUGGUGCGCUUGAAGAACUUGAUGUUGAAGAUGAGGAUGUUUAUACUGGUUAUGAGUUUGAGGAAACAUACGUUCAAGAAGAUGAUGAGUCUGAGUCGUCUUCUAAAUUGAUUACAGAUGGUAAACAAAAGUUGAUUGGAAAAGUAGAGGGUGUCUUGCCUGGAUUUAGAGUUGCAUCAAACUCUGACUACCAGUUGGAGAGGUUUGAUCCUCCAGUAAUACCUAAAGAAUUUGUACCCCACCACAAAUUUGCGGGGCCUCUUAACAUGGGCUACAAGCUUGCUGAUACCCCUCCUGUCGAGGUUCCUCCUCCCGAUGAUAAUAAUCUGAAACUUCUAAUUGAAGGGGUGGCAUCUUUAGUUGCUCGCUGUGGAAAACUAUUUGAGGAUCUCUCUAGAGAAAAAAAUAAGUCAAAUCCAUUAUUUAGUUUUCUUACUGGAGGAACUGGCCACGAGUAUUAUUCAAGGAAACUAUGGGAGGAGCAACUGAAGCGGGUGGAGCAACCUAAGCAUCAACAUAAUGAUAAAUUGUCUCCAAGCAUGGAGAAGAUGACGGCCGAAAGUCGUGGAAAAAUCUUAGGUGAAAGGCCUCUGGCAAGAAGCUCUAAAGAGUUAAAUCCACCCACUGCUUCUGAUGGCGUGCAUGUCCAAUUCAAUCUUUCAGAUACAUUUACUAAACCUACAUCAUCUGGUGGGAUGCCGGAAAUUGUCAAACCAUUCAAGGAUGAUCCAGCAAAGCAAGAAAGAUUUGAGUAUUUUUUGAAGGAAAAGUAUCAAGGAGGUCUUCGCACUGCAGCUUAUGUCGGAGCUAUUAAUAUGUCAGAAGCAGCUCGUGCACGUGAACGCUUGGACUUUGAGGCUGCUGCAGAGGCAAUUGAGAAAGGGAAAGGUUUGAAAGAAGCUAAACUCUCUGCCGAGCACUUUGUGGAUUUUUUAUCCACUGGAGCAAUGCAGUUUACUUCUGGUGGCGUAGAGGAAGUGAAAGAUACGAAAGUAGAAGGUUUAAUUAUGGAGAAAAUGAUCCCAAAACGGGAAGAAUAUCAGUGGCGUCCUGCUCCUAUUCUAUGCAAGCGAUUUGAUCUCAUUGAUCCCUACAUGGGAAAGCCACCACCAGCUCCUAGGAUGAGGAGCAAGUUGGAUACACUUAUUUUCACAUCAAAUUCUGUCAAAUCGACAAAGAUAGAAGAAGCUUUAACCUCAACCAAGGACCAUUCUUUAUUGCGUCAAUGGAGUGCUGAAGAAAAAGACCAAGAUGCAUCUGAAAACGAAAAUGAGAAAGAAAUAGAAGUUGAAUGUGUUGAUCGGCCCGUUGAUCUCUAUAAGGCUAUUUUCUCUGAUGAGUCUGAUGAUGAAGAGAGUACAUCAACACUGAAACAAACCGAGGAUCCUAAAAAGAAAGUUGAAGUGGCUAAUACAACAUUAAACCGUUUGAUUGCGGGUGACUUUCUGGAAUCUUUGGGUAAAGAACUGGGCCUGGAAGUGCCUCCAGAUCUGCCUCCAUCAAAGAAAGGCCAAAUUGCAGUUCCUCAAACAGAAGCUGCACUUGUUGGUGAACAAAGUAAUGAUAUCCUUCCAGUUGAAGACAAGCGUUUUCCCACCCCUUCAUGCACUGGAAUUCCGUUGGACCACAGAAUGACAGGCAACAUGGAAGUUGUUCUAAAUGGCAGAAAUGAAGACGACGAAGUCAAUCAUAACUUAGCUGGAAAUGGUGGUAAAAUUAUGGAGAUAAGUUCUUCCAAGGGAAAAUCGGGUAAAGUUAAUGAAGAAAAUAUGUCUAAGGAGGACAGAAAGGCUAACAACAGGCGAGCGAAUGUUCAUCGAGAUUGGAGCGACAGCUCUUCAUCAGAAGAUGAGAAGAGAAAAAAACGUUUAAGGAGGCGCAGGUAUAAAAGUAGCAACUCCGAUGAUAGUUCAUCAAGUGAUUAUCGUAAUAAAGAGUACUCUAGGUCACGUGAUAGAAAGAAAGGAUCAUCUCAAGAAAAGAGGAGCCGGAGAAAACACUCAAACCAUCACAAGCACAGACAUAGAGAUUCUUCCCCCAGAGAUCAUCAUCGCUCUGGAAAAGAACGUACGGUAUCUGAGAGAGAGAAACAUAGAUGGAGAGAUUGAAAACGGGGUUGUGUUUCCUUGGUUUCACUUCAUAAGUUGGAACUGCCCACUAUGAAAUAUCAGAUUUUCAAUGAAGGAAAUCCGGCACCAUAGGAUCCAGAAUUUUCUAAGUACUCACUCGCAGAUAAUCAUGCUGCUUCCUUGUUGGGGGCAUUCUAAAUUGUCCUCUCCAAACCUCAGGGCUCCAUGGAUUCAAAUUUCUUGACUUACAAAGGAGUCGGUGCUUUUACAACUUCCUCGAAUGCGUCUCCGAGAAGGUAAGUAACAAUUCGGUGGUUUCAUUUCCAUGCUUUACACACUACACCCAGAAUACUAACUUUAGAGGUUGUUUCCAGUUAGUGAUAUACGUGAUGUCGAACUAUCGAGGUUUAUAGAUGUAGUCAUAUGCAAUCAUUCGAACUUGAAGUAAAAAAGUGAAGUUCGAAUAUUGCUCUGUUCUUGGAUUUUUCUGGGUCGGUAUUGAAUCGUGUUGGUAAUUUUAAUUGGUGAGAAAUAUUUCUUAGGUUGGUUUUUGUUUAGUUACGAUUAUGUUUGGAGAACCUUGACGGGGUGUGAUGUGAGACUCUUCAGGACGCGCUGGGAGAAUGCAGUUCUAAUAUUUCCUUUUGAUAA